AAUUUUGGUAUAAGUUUGCUUCAGUGGGAAGUAAGUUGUUUCCAAAUUACUUCCAGGCACUGGAGACCUUAAAAAUGUUUGAAAAAAAGGAUAGCAGAGUAAAGAGUGCAGCUGCAACAAACCUUUCAUUCCUUUAUUAUUUGGAGAAUGAAUUGGCACAAGCAACUUACUAUGCAGAUUUAGCUAUAAAUUCUGAUAGGUACAAUCCAGCAGCUCUAACUAACAAAGGAAAUACUGUUUUUGCAAAUGGAGACUAUGAAAAAGCAGCUGAGUUCUAUAAGGAAGCUCUCAGGAAUGAUUCCUCCUGCACUGAAGCACUUUAUAAUCUUGGCUUAACAUACAAGAAGUUAAACAGAAUAGAUGAAGCUUUGAAUUGUUUUCUGAAACUCCAUGCAAUCCUUCAAAAUAGUGCCCAAGUCCUUCACCAGAUAGUGAACAUAUAUGAGAUCAUGGAAGAUUCCAGUCAAGCCAUAGAGUGGCUUCUGCAGUUGAUCAGUGUAGUACCAACUGAUCCUCAUGUACUUUCCAAGCUAGGGAAAUUAUAUGAUAAGGAAGGUGAUAAAUCCCAAGCUUUUCAUUAUUUCUAUGAGUCGUACAGGUAUUUCCCUUCAAACAUUGAGGUCAUUGAAUGGCUGGGCGCCUAUUACAUUGACACCCAGUUUUGUGAAAAAGCCAUUGAGUACUUUGAAAGAGCAGCACUUAUCCUACCGACGCAGGUGAAUUGGCAGCUGAUGGUUGCCAGUUGCUACAGGAGAAGUGGUAACUACCAGAAAGCUCUAGAGAAAUACAAAGUCAUUCAUAGAAAAUUCCCAGAGAAUGUUGAAUGUCUUCGAUUUUUAGUUCGUCUCUGCACAGACAUGGGGCUGAAAGAAGUCCAGGAAUAUAUGACAAAGCUCAAAAAAGUGGAAAAAUUAAAAGAAAUAAGGGAGCAGCGCAUUAAAUCUGGCAGAGAUGGCAGUGCACGUGGCCGCAGAGAAGGUAGUGCUGGUGUUGACAGUGGUGGUACCAAAAGGGAAAGACUGAGUGCCAAACUCAAAGCUUUGCCUGGAGCAAGUGAACCCUAUGAAAGCAGCAGCAGUAAAGAAAUAGAUGCCUCCUACAUAGAUCCACUUGGCCCACAAGCAGAAAGACCAAGAACUGCAGCCAGAAAAAGGCCUGAGGAAGAUGACUUUGCUGAUGAGGAACUAGGAGAGGAUUUGCUUCCAGAAUAG